AUGGUCAAGCGUAGGGCGUCGGACGCGCUCGAGGAUGACGAGCGCAAAACCAAGAGACAACAUGCAAAUAAUCCCGAUCGAUUGUCGAGGCUCAGUCACGAGUUGACGCUCAGGGUGCUUUCGUUCCUGCCCGUGCCCGACCUCAUCAUCUGCCAGAGCGUGUCGCGACAUUUUCACCGACUUGCUGGCGACUCACAAUUAUGGAAGGCGCUCUACUACAACCGAUUCGUCCGUCCGAGAGCAUCCCGCAUACCUGGAAUCAAUGAAUCUGGUGUUCCUGCUGAAAGCUUGUGGUAUUCGAGCAAGCUCUCCAAAUGGCUAGACGAGGACAAUCUGGUUAGCAGAGGGAAGGAAACAAACUGGAAGAGGCAAUACAAAACACGUCACAAUUGGACAAAAGGCACAUGCGGCGUCAGCGAGGUUCCUGUCUCGCCAGAGCCAUCGGUUCCACCCACACUACUGCAGAUGCACGACGGCAUUAUCGUUAUGGCCGACAAUCUCCAUGGCUUGCGCGCAUGGUCAUCUCAAUCAGGCCGAGAUAUGCUAGCUACCAUGAAAUUCCCCCAUAACACCAGCCCUCCUUCGGCUCUGGCUGUAGACUCUGCAUCUUCAUCUUCCUCGACCGUUGCCAUUGCUGUCGGCUUCCAGGAUGGCUCUUUCACCGUCUAUCAUCUUAAUAUCCUCGAGCGCCGCUUCAUUCCUCGCUACUCCCACGAACCUUCUUCCAACGGCAUGAUCUCUGCCACUGCUUUGUCCUUCCCCUAUCUUGCCACCAUGACUGCCGGCCAACUUCUAUCUUUCUACAAAUUCAUGCCCAACAAGGAUGAGGCGUCGGAGGGCACAGCCUUGAAACCUCCACUUCUCUUGCAGUCAUUACACUCACGUACCGUCUGGCCACCUCUUACUCUAUCCAUUCGACCACAGCCAGAUAGCGUGCUUGUGUCAAUCGCCUACUCACUACCUACAUAUCUCAGCGGCUGGACCGUUGGAAUCCAGGAAAUGCGCCUGACCUCAGCCGGAACUCUGAUAGAAUCACGCCUCACCUCAGCAAUCGACCAAAACUAUCGCCCUCUUACCUUCAAUUCUUCCAAUCCACCUGCAACGCCAGCUCCACAAACAAUACCUCCAUUUGGUCACUUCAACACCUCCGAAGCCAACCAGAUACAUUCUAAACCAACCUCCCUGUCCUACUCUCACCCUUAUCUACUAGUUUCUCAUCCCGACAACACAUUAACUCUCUACCUCGUCUCCUCGACCACCGACUUGCUCAAAAUCAGCCCAGGCAACAGACUAUGGGGCCACACCUCUUCAGUAUCAGGAGCUCAUGUCGGCGGCCGCGGCAAAGCAGUCUCAGUCAGCACCCGCGGCGACGAGUUACGUGUCUGGGAACUUGAAGGCGGAUUUGCUUCAGCAUCUGCUCGACGCCGCUUAGCUGCCGGCGAAUUGAGUGUACAACUACGACCUGAGAAAUCAUUAUCUCCGCCGUGUGCCCAAGAAUCAACCUCAAGCAUCAAAUCAGGCGGUAUAGGCUUGAGUCUUGCACUCAAGGAUAGAGAUAUCGAUGAAACUAGCAUGACACGAGGGUUUAUUGGAUUUGACGAUGAAAAAGUGGUUGUGCUUAGGGAGCGGCAUUGUGGUAAUCAGGCUUUGGUGAUUUAUGACUUUACAUAG